AUGAGCAGGCUUUCGUUUCGACCUCGUCCACUUGACAUUCACAAGAAGCUUCCUAUCGUCAAAUCUGUUAAAGAUUUUGAAGAAGAUGAUAAUACUCCUACUUCCACGCGCAACUCUCAGCUUCUCCGUAUCUCUGCUGCUUCACUUAUUCCUACUCCUGAACUCGACAAUGAGUUGCCCCACAUUCCUUCCAAGAAACUUGCUGCUGAAAUUCCUACUCCCCAGUUUGUUGUUGUUGAUACCUAUGAAAGAGAUUAUGGUCGCACUUUUGCUCAGCCCACUUCGUAUCUUCGGGGAAGGGGAGCUCGAGCUGAGAUUGGAGAAUUUAUUGAGUAUGAUUUAGACAACGAGGAUGAAGAUUGGCUUCACAAUUUCUACAAGGAUAGGAAGAAUCUUUCACCUGAAAAGUUUGAACUUCUGCUUUUCAAGUUGGAGGUAUUGGAUCAUAAAGCUCGGGAAAGAGCAGGGGUUAUAACACCUACUCUUGGUUCACCAAUCCCUGUGCUUCUACAAUUUGAUGCAGCUCUUGAGGCCUUGCAAGCUCAAACUCAGUCCACCCGUUAUGCAGUUUUCCAGUCUGUUUAUAAUUAUUGGAAAGAUAAGCCUCCUCCACCUGUUAAUGAUACCAAUCCGUACAAUGUGUUUAGACCAAGGGAGAAGGCCCACAGGCUGCAUACAAGAAGGAUGCAAAGGAGGGAAAAUAAUGUGCAGUCAUUUGACAAGCUUCGCCAGGUCAGACGCAACCUUGAACAAGCCAAGACCAUGCUUGAAACUCUGAUUAAGGUGGGUUUUCUGAUGAAGAGAGAGGAGAAAAAGAGAGAAGCGAUGGAGAGUGAGGUGAGCCUCCAAAGGAUCCAAAUGAAGUACAAGCAUGAAACUGAGCUCCUUGAAGACAGCUUGGCUGUUCAUGGAUUCCCACCUAUUUCUUCCAAGUUCGCUUCAAGUGAAGAUGAAUUUGUUGAUUCAGAUGACCAUGCAAACAGUCGUCCACGUAGCAGACCUACUGCAUUUCAAAAUCCACCUGUGACAGACUCCAACCUGCUUGCAGUUCCUUCUGUAAGUGUGAAGCAAGAGUUUAGACGGCGGCAUACGCCACUUGGAUGGCUCAAUAAAAUGGACCCUCUUGAGCCAGUGCUGUUGUUCACAAAGCCUCUAGUUCCAGAAAAGUUGGCAGCUGCAGGCAUUGUACCACCAGUAGAUUCUUCAAUGAAGAAUGAUGCAUCCAUGCCUCCUUAUAGAUUUCAUGGAAGAAUUGGCCGGGGUGGGAGAAUUAUAUUUGAUAGAUGGAACCCAUUAUUACGAACUCCAAUUGAUCUUGCUGUGACUGGUGAAGCCACUGAGAAGAGAACCGUUUGA